AUACAGCUAUAUAUAUUGAAGGAAGUGCUGCUUCCUGCAUCACCAAAAGUAUUUUCUUCACCAACAAACAAUGACUACCAAAGCGACUAGAGAUGAGUCCCUCCCCGACUAUGAUAGCAGCUCCUCCUCCACCACUGUACCUGACUCUAGCCGGAGCUGGAUGAGCAACCUCAGCUUCGGUAGCCGUCGAAGUUCUAUCUCUAUUUCUUCAUCUGUAGCUGAUAGUGCUUCAAUCUGCAGCACUGCCCGCAUGAAGCCACACAAGGCUAACCAAGCCGCAUGGCAGGCCAUAAAGCGGCUACAAAGAGCAACAGGCCGAGUUGGUCUCGACCAUUUUCGUCUCCUACGCCGUUUAGGCAGUGGAGAUAUAGGCAAUGUCUAUCUUUGCCAGAUAAGGAACCCUGUGGUGGGUUUGCCACAGUGCUUUUAUGCCAUGAAAGUGGUGGAUAAAGAGGCACUUGCUAUAAGGAACAAGCUGCAGAGAGCUGAGAUGGAGAAAGAAAUUCUGGGUAUGCUUGAUCAUCCUUUUUUGCCUACUCUUUAUGCAGAGUUUGAGGCUUCUCAUUACUCUUGCUUGGUUACUGAGUACUGUCCUGGUGGAGAUUUGUAUGCUGCAAGACAACGCCAGCCAUGGAAGCGCUUUAGCAUCUCAUCUGCUAAGUUUUAUGCUGCCGAGACUCUCCUGGCCCUGGAAUAUCUACACAUGAUGGGAAUUGUUUACAGAGAUCUUAAACCGGAGAAUGUUCUUGUCAGAGAAGACGGUCACAUUAUGCUUUCAGAUUUUGAUCUUUCUUUCAAAUGUGAUGUUGUCCCAAAGCUUUUAAGGUCUAAACCCAGCUUGGAAGCCAUUGUUCGUCACAAGAAUGAAACCACUAGUUUCGCACCCUUAACCUUUUGCGCUACACCUAUACACCCUGUCCUAUCUUGUUUCUCAUCUUCCAACAAGAAAAGGAAACCUAGAAUCACAACUACAAUUACAGAACAAAUUGAUGGCCAGGGUUAUGACGAAGAAGUUGAAACAGAAUUGGUAGCCGAGCCCAUCAGUGCUAGAUCAAAGUCCUUUGUCGGGACCCACGAGUACUUAGCACCAGAGGUGAUAUCAGGGCAGGGCCAUGGAAGUGCGGUGGAUUGGUGGACUCUUGGGGUGUUCUUGUACGAGAUGUUAUAUGGGAGAACACCCUUCAAAGGUGAAAACAACGAAAAAACCUUGAUUAACAUACUUAAACAGCCCUUAACCUUUCCAAGAAUAGGUGUAAAUAGCAGCAAAGAAUUUGAAGAGAUGGUGAAACUUCAAGACCUUGUAGGCAAGCUUCUAGUGAAGAAUCCCAAAAGGAGAAUUGGGAGCUUAAAGGGGUCUGUUGAAAUCAAGAGGCACGAGUUCUUCAAAGGUGUGAACUGGGCUUUGAUCAGGUCAAUCAAGCCACCAGAGUCUCCUAGUGAUCUUUGCAGGUUCAGGAGUAGAGCUCACAUACCAAUGUUGAGCAAGAAAGAGAGACAAGAACCAUAUCAGAUCCCUAGUCAUUUUGAAUACUUCUAAGUUCCAGCUUCAAAUUGUAGAUUAAAACCAAAAUUAUCAAUGUAUAACAGCAAGCCAAGGAAAUUAUUUCCUGCGUAUUUGUUAGGAAUGAGACACUUUAUUAGUAGUAGCCCUUCUAAAUAUAAUUAAUGUAGUAAAACCUUUGAAUCCAUGAAUUUGUUCUGCGA